AUGGAGAGAUGGAGAGAUGAAGAUAAUGAAUGGCCCCAUUCGAAACGUGGUGAUGUUCAAGUUCAUCAACCCAGCCACCCCCACCUCCGUGUCACACUAAUUUCACGUACCCAUGUUAGGGGCAUUAUCGUCAUUCUACUCCUCGGCACGCUCUUCAAUGGCUCUAUAUAUUUGCAGCGUUCACUUCAAUGGCCGUGCUUCAGUCUGAUCCCACCCGACAUUUUCAUUUAUUUCUUCACGGUUGCUUUUAACGGAUCCCAGCUCAAGAUGCGCACCGCCGUUCGGUGCUUAUCCAUUUUACUCAUUCUGGCCGUUUCCUCCGCCGUUCAUGCCUGCCCACCGUCCGAACGGGCAGCUCUUCUGGCUUUCAGAGCUGCCCUUCAGGAGCCCUAUUUAGGAAUCUUCAAUUCCUGGACCGGAGACGACUGUUGCAACCGGUGGUACGGCAUUAGCUGUGACUCGGUCACCCACCGGGUUGCCGAUAUUAACCUCCGGGGCGAAUCUGAGGACCCUAUUUUCGAACGGGCUCACCGUACUGGUUUUAUGACCGGCCAUAUUUCUCCUGCCAUCUGCAAGCUCACUCGCCUCUCCGGCGUUGUUAUUGCCGACUGGAAGGGCAUUACCGGCGAGAUUCCGAGAUGUAUAACCUCCUUGCCGUUCCUUAGGAUUCUUGACCUCAUUGGCAACCGUCUCUCUGGCGACCUUCCGGCCGAUAUUGGUCGGCUCCGACGACUCACGGUUCUGAACGUUGCGGACAAUCUGAUUUCCGGUUCAAUUCCGGCGUCGCUUGCAUCACUUCCGAAUUUGAUGCACCUGGACCUCCGAAACAACAAAAUCUCCGGUCCGUUACCCCAAAAUUUCGGGAACAUGAGGAUGUUGAGCCGGGCUUUACUGAGCCGGAACCAGAUCUCCGGUUCACUUCCCGGUUCAAUUUCGAAGAUCUACCGCCUCGCGGACCUGGAUCUUUCUAUGAACCAACUAACCGGUCCAAUCCCCGAUUGGAUCGGCAGAAUGGCGGUAUUGGCGACGUUGAAUCUGGACGGCAAUAAAUUCUCAGGCAACAUCCCGGCGAGUAUUUUAGUUUCGAGCAUAAGCGAUUUGAAUUUAAGCCGAAACUAUCUAACCGGAAACGUACCAGAUGUUUUCGGGCCAAGAUCGUACUUCACAGUGCUGGAUUUGUCGUACAACAACUUGAAGGGGGCGAUUCCGAAAUCAGUAUCGCAAGCUUCAUAUAUCGGACAUAUGGAUUUGAGCCACAACCAUCUAUGUGGGCCGAUCCCGAGUGGAGCCCCGUUCGAUCAUUUGGAAGCAGCGUCAUUUGUUUUCAAUGACUGUCUGUGUGGGAAGCCGCUCAAAGCUUGUUAGAAAGUUCAUGUUUGUGUUGUUAUUAUGUUAAAGAGGUCCCAUAAACAAAAAAGUAAGACCUUUACUCUUUAAGCUUUUUAACUGAUUGAUUGUUAUGAUAAGAAUCUGUGUCUUUGAUAGAGCCAAAUUUAGUAUUAUAUUUGAUUGUGGUACCAUGGAAUCUGGGUCUUAGUUUGCUCA